AUGGCAUUGUCACGCCUGCCCACGGAAUUAAUCGAGCACAUAACCACCUACCUCGAUCUCCCAACCAGCCGCUCACUCCGCCUCACCAGCCCAUCUCUGAGCAAACAAACCUCCCAUGUAUUCAAAGACCGUUUCUUCCGCCAACACACCCUCCAAUGGACCCAAUCCGCCUUUUCCAUAUUACUGGAAAUAACAUCGCACCCCCAUUUCGGCAACGCCAUCCAGCACCUCAUUGUAGACGCCACACCUCGCCACUCAAUCCAUCUUUGGCAAGCACAAAUACGAAUCGCAGAAACACAGGGCAUUGCUACGCCGUAUGGCACCGCAUCAGCUACCCGCGAUCUCGAAGCACAAUAUAUCGCCGAUUACACAGCAUCAGAAGAAAUAGCCAAGUUCUUCAGCGAAACAAGAUUCGAUCGCAAAAGCCUGGUGACUAUCUUCGAAAGACUAGAACACCUGGACUCCAUCACAUUUUCGUACGAAGGCAUGCACGAGAAAUACGCAAAGUUCUGUACGCGGUAUUGCAAGAGCAGUCAACAGGAAAUGUCGCGGCCAUUCGUCUCCACCAUGUCUGCGAUUGCGGAAUCGAAAGUGCAAGUUCGACGUAUUCAGGUGGACAGCGACAAAGCCUUCGGCGCAGUCAGUAUCGGCAAGUUGGAGACCCUGGCUCCUUCGCUCCGUUAUUUCGACCAUGCCUUUGAGAAGCUGGAUACGCUGCAAUUGCAUCUCCGGGAUUUACGCUCUUCAGUCUCGGGUUUCGAGAUAGACACUACACGCGCGCCGUUCGUGGUACGCUUUCUCGCUAAAGCACGGAAUGUAAGAAACUUGGAACUGAGCUGUUACAGCAUCUUGGAAAUGGAUGUGUUUGGGGAAAUGGCACGGCAUUGUCGGUUCGAAAAGUUGGAAGAGUGUAAACUUUCCGUUAUGCGGAUCAUGAACGGCGACGACCUCCUUACGCUCCUGCAGCCGGCAGAGAAUACGCUGAGAUCGUUGAGUCUGAGGUUCAUCAUGAAUUCAGAUCCCUAUAACACGUGGUGGCACAUUUUGAGCCGCGUUGCUAAAGAGGAGGACGUGCUGCCGCGGGUGGAUCAUUUGCAUCUGGGCUAUUUGAUUUCCGAUUCUAGGCGCAGGGUUUGGAUGAAUGAGCUGCAGGUGCAGAGCUUUGCUGGGAACGAUUGGCGAGGACAUUUGUCUGAUGCUCUAGAUCAGUACAAGACGAAAGCAGCAGACUCGUCGUGGAGUCUAGGCGCUCUUGCAUAUCCGUUUGUUGGGUUGAGCGUGUGA